AUGUCUCCGCUCCUCUCUCCGCGCCGCUUCGCGGCUCUGCUGCCCCUCUCCCUCCUCCUCCCCCCAGCCCAGUCCUCGACGCAAUUCUCCGCCCUCCUUGCCGACCUCCCCACCCUGAAGAUCGAAACGACCGGCAGCAAGAUCACCUACACCCGCGACGCGCUCUGGUCCGGCGCAGACUUCUUCUCCCACUUCGACUUCAAAACCUCAGCCGACUACAUGUCGUCCGCGAUCGGCGCCGCCGACCCCACGCACGGCUUCGUGCACUACGUCGACGAGCCGACAGCGCGCAACACCAGCCUGAUCGACACCACCGCGGCCGGCAACCCGCGCUGGGGCGUCGACACAACGCACACGUACGCGCCGGGGCGCGACUGGGGGCGGGCCAGCGUGCGGCUGGAAAGCAAGCAGGCGUGGACGCACGGGCUGUUCGUCUUCGACAUCGCGCACAUGCCGGGGGCGACGUGCGGCAUCUGGCCGGCGCUGUGGAGCCUGGGCGCGGGCGCGUGGCCGGCGGGCGGCGAGGUCGACGUGCUGGAGAACAUCCACCGCGCGCAGGCCAACCAGAUGGUCGUGCACACGGGCGACAACUGCACGCUCGAGACGCCGCGGCGCGCGGCGCUGGGCGGGCUCGAGGGCAGCUGCGCCGGCAGCGAGGGCUGCCGCGUGCGCGCGUCCACGGCGAACAGCUACGGCGACGCGUUCAACGCGAACGGCGGCGGCGUCUACGCCAUGCAGUGGACCAGCGGCGCCAUCAAGAUCUGGUUUUUCCCGCGCGACCGCGUCGACGGCGAGCUGGCGCAGUGGCUGGAUGCGGAUGCCGCCGAGGGGGUGGAUGCGGCGCAGUUUGGGCUGCCGCAGGCGGCGUUUGCGGGCGGGCGCGGGUGCGACGUCGACGAGCACUUUGUCGAGCACCGGUUGAUCUUCGACACGACGUUUUGCGGCGACUGGGCGGGCAACGCGUGGCCGUCGACGUGCCCGUCGGUGGCGGGGAAGAAGAAGAAGGAGUCGUGCGAGAUUUAUGUCGGCGCGCACCCGGAGGCGUUUGAGGAGGCGUACUGGGAGAUCAACUCGAUAGCCGUGUUCAAGGAAAGCGAGGUCGUGGGCACGCCGGUCUGA